CCAAUCAAAUUGAUUUUUUUGGUUUCCCCUUUUCUCAGAAUAUUUUUCCUAAAAGUUUUGCGUUUUUAUUUUUCUGCUUAGAGAACAUUGCAGGUGGGAAGAUCAGAAGUUUUGCGUCUUUGAAUCGAUCAGUGAGGAUGCAGAAUCAUAAUGAUGCAGUGAAGGAUGAUGAAGCGGUUAAAGUUGGGAAUUGUUCUGUGGAAAAUGUUCAAUCUUUUCAAGAAGAAGCUGCUAAAUUUCCUUAUGUUGGUGAUAAGGAACCUCUCUCUAGUUUAGCUGCAGAGUACCAAGCAGGGAGUCCCAUUCUGCUCGAGAAGAUCAAGGAGCAUAUUUUGGAAUCACAAGAUGGUGCUGAAGUUGAUCGUAUCAAGCUACGAAGAGCUGUCUCUGACUACAUUGUAAUGUUCUUCAGGUUUGUUACUGCUGGUGAAAUUCGAACUCGUGCAGAGUUUUUCGAACCUUUUAUAACAGGACUAUCAAACUCAACAGUGGAUCAGUUCUGCAAGAUAUCGGUUGAACCGAUGGGAGAAGAGAGUGACCAUAUCCACAUAACGGCUUUGUCAGACGCGCUUGGUGUUGCAAUUCGGGUUGUGUAUCUUGACCGUAGCUCGUGUGAUAGUGGAGGUGUCACUGUGAACCAUCAUGACUUUGUUCCUGUGGGCACUAAUGAGAAACAAGAAGAAGCUUCUGCUCCUUUUAUAACCUUGUUGUAUCGUCCAGGCCAUUACGAUAUCCUCUACCCCAAGCCAUCUUGUAAGGUAUUGAACAAUGUGGAGAAAAUGAUCGUUUGACAUCAUAAACUGGUUAGAAGAUGUUUACAAAAUUGGAGGUAAUAUGGAUGAAACACCAUGGAACAACCAACAAUUGCAUCCUCUCUUUACUCCUUGAUUAUGAUCAAAAAACCUUUUUUUUGCAACAUCAGAGAAUGGACUUUUUUGUUUUGCUGUUGAUAUUCAUCUCAGUCUUCUUUCAUAGUAUAUCAAACUGAACCAAAUGGUUUGUCAAAUAAUCAAAAACAGAGGUCUAAGUUGUUUUGAUGA